UGGGUAUCAGACUAAAACACUGGUUGGUCUCUCGAAAGACAAGAAAGGAAAAGGUGCAAGAGCAACCAAAGUUUUCAACUUUAUUGAGUUGAAAUUUGAAUUUGACAAAGAGGGAAAUUCGAUGAAUGAAAACACUGGCAAAAGUCUAAGAACUGCCACGCUCCAUUGACACAGUCAUCCUCGAUCGAAAAUGAAAGGGAAAAUGGUCCAUUCGGAACUUAUCUACAGAGGAGGAGGAGGUAUUAGAACUUAAUUAAAUUUAAUAAUCUCUAUCGCUUAACUCAUAAUAAAAGGAAAUUCAAAAAGGAAAAAAAAAAAGAAAAGAAAAUCGAAUCAGAAUCAAUACCAGCUAAAAUGGACCAUUCAAAGUUUGGGCCUUUCCCGAUGAAUAGGCAUCCUCUGUUCCUUAAACCGGAACCGCCGGCCCAUGAACCGGUGGCCGUCCGUGCAGUUCAGAUGGGAUGAGUAGUGGAACAAAAUACAAAGUAGUAGAAUAAUACUAAUAUCUUGCGCUUUAAUGGGAACUUUUUGCCAUUCCUACUACGCACUAUUCUACAGCAUUCACAUUCGUAGGUGCAGAAGUUUUAGCGGCACUUGGAAAUCCCUUUCCCGCUUCAGCAAUUCCCCCAGGAAAGGCGUCGAUUGCAGAACCCGGUUGAGUGGCGGUGCUAAAUCGGGUUUGGGUUCGGGCGGUGUCAUCACUGGUGAGGUAAUGGAGCAUGUAACAAUUAACGGUUCUGAGGUUGUUGUCGGAGACCCUCAAUCGCUUCAGAGCAAAAUCUCCUCAAUUCGAAUUGCGGGUCCCCAGAAACUCCAGGUGAUUGCGGAUUUUGAUGCCACCUUAACCAAGUACUGGAUAGACGGACGUAGAGGGCAAAGCAGUCAUGGCUUGUUGCAGCAGGGGAAUCCAGAAUUUGAUGAGAAGAGACAGAAGUUAUACGAGUAUUAUCAUCCCUUGGAAUUUGACCCAACGAUUCCGCUUGAUAGAAAAGCAGUACUUAUGGAAGAGUGGUGGGGAAAAACUCAUGCACUUCUCAUUGAAGGUGGCCUUACAUAUGAUGCAAUUAAAACAUCUGUGGCUAAUGCUAAUAUUGCAUUUAGGGAAGGCGUCAUUGAACUCUUCGAGUUCUUGGAGGGAAAAGAUAUUCCGAUUCUUGUAUUUUCUGCGGGUCUGGCAGACAUAAUAGAGGAGGUGUUUAGGCAGAAACUUCAUAGAUCCUUCAAAAAUGUCAGGAUUGUAUCCAACAGAAUGGAAUUUGACAAGAAUGGCCAGCUAGUGGCCUUCAGAGGGAAGACAAUUCAUGUUCUGAAUAAAAAUGAGCAUGCACUUGACAUGGCUGGUCCUGUUCAUGACCGAAUUGAUAAUACCAAUGGAGAAAUCGAGGACAAUUCAUCUGUGAAAAAGAGAACUAAUGUGUUGCUUCUGGGUGAUCACAUUGGAGACCUGGGAAUGUCUGACGGUCUAGACUAUGAAACACGGAUUUCACUCGGUUUUCUGAAUGACAACAUUGAAAAUUCUCUUGAGAGCUAUCAGAAAGCCUUUGAUGUAGUGUAUCUGAAUGAUGCUUCCAUGCGAGGAGUUUUGAAGCUUACUUCUCAGCUUUGUCCCGACUGAACAUGCUCUAGCUGCUGGCAAUGUGUUGGCUUUAAUGGUCUUCUCCAAACACUAAGGUCUCCAAAAUAGACCAAGGAAACUGUGGAACUACUUGAGUUAUGGAGCAGGAUUGUUAUCUCAAAUAUCAUAGUUUUAGUUAGUGGAUAUUAUAUGUGUUUGUUUAAAACUUCUUGCUUGAAGAGGCCAAUUCUUUGAACUAUCUCUUAGCCCCUUGAGUACCUAUCUUGCUGUUUAUAGCAGUGGCAACGGACAACUAUGCAAACAUUUUGGAGGUACAUUAUGGUUUUGUGCUACUGGUGAGGAGAAAUUCAGGCUAGUUGUUUAAUUUGGUAACAAUGCCUUGCUUAAAUUUAAUUAAUUGUUUCAAGCAAGAAGUAUUUUAGUACCCUGUAAUAUUAUGAUCAUGUACACAAACAUUCUUGAAGAUCAAGAAAGAUUGUUCAUUCUUGUACUCUUCAGUUGUCAUGAAACAGGGAAAUGCACAUCAAAAAGAUAGGGUUAGAACUCGAAUAAAGUUUUAUGAUGAUCUCUAUACAGCCACAGGCAAACUCUCCGUCGUAUAAACAACUGCCUCCAUGGGAUUAGAAAUCACAGCUUCCACGGGAUCAGAAACCACCAAUGGCUGUGAGAACUUGGUAUAGUGGAAUUCAAUUUGUAACCGAUGAUGAAGAGGGACCGAUGCCAGCAAACCCUUUUUAAGAUCAACUUGAAGUUCCCUCAAUGGGAUAGCAGCCAAAAAGCUCUUGAUAUACUCUUUGCAUGUGUCUUUGCCUUGGAAAAGAAUUGUUGGUUCUUCUUUGUUCACAAGAACAAUUUGAUCUUCAGAAACAACCACUUCUUUCAAAUCCUUUCCCUCCACUUUCUCACCACCAUCUUUAGGAGCUUUAUCAUCUGACUUUUGAGUCUCGCUGGGUACUUCUUGAAUUGUUGUAUCUCUGUCGAAUUUGAGGAUAAAGGCCUGAUUGCAUCCUUCAAACAGCCUCUCCCCCAAGGUGUCAACAAUGUAGAAGGCAUCUUGCUCAACCUUGAGGAUGAAGAAGUGAUCAUUCCAGCUUACAAUGUAGACUAAAGGGUCCGUAGCAGCACUGCAGUCGCUUGGUAUGGCUUGAGAUAUCUCAUCCCAUAUGUUAUCGAAAGACAUGGCACCUUGAAGGAAGUCCAAUUCCCCAUCCUCUAUUCCUUCCGGAUGGAAGAAUCCUACGAAAGACUUCUCUGGAACUACUGAGAGGGAAUGGACUUUAGCCUGAAGGACUGUCUCAAGGUCAAAAUGUUUGUCAGGGAAUUGCUCUCGGUAGCUCUCAUUUUCACACAGGUUUCUCCAAUCCAGUGAACCUUCUCGGAUCAGGCUGUCAAAUUGAGACUUGAUUGGCAUUUCACCACGAUUAUUUUGAAACCAAUCUGCAAUUACAGCAACCAGAGAUGUGCAUGCUCCUUCACCUGCUGCUCGUUCGCUCCUUUGAUCAAUUGAAGCAAAGAAAACACUGGUUUUCAACUUCAGAUGGCCAUCACGACUAAGUAUCUCCCUCUGCUCCCAACUUCCAACGGCAAAAUUGUCAUCCCCAAACUCAGAAACUGAAGAUCUACUUGUAAUGGCAUCCUCCUCCGAUUUAAGUACCUGUCAGAUCAUAAAUUAUUAGUUAGAACUCGAGCAAUUACUUACAAAGAUGAUGAGUGGAAAUUUGAGGACUGAGAUUCUGUUAACUUUUCCACAACAAUUGGAAAUGCAUGAAUUUGGAAAGGUAUUGUCUGUACCCCAAAACUGGAUUCAGAA